AUGCUUCGCACGACCGCAGCGUUAAUCACGACCACGACGACGAUCAUGACUCCCGCGAAACAUGCUCAGGACACCACUCAACCGCCCCCUUCUUCACACGACGACGAGGGCACGAACGACGAACAAGUGGACGACGAGGGGGGGGGCAAGAGUAGCGACGACGACACCGAUCGCAACCCCCGCCCCAACAAGAAGGCCAAGACGGCCGAGUCUUCAUCUUUGCUUGCGAAGCUGGAAGUUCUUCAAAAGGAGGUCGGGGACGCCGUCGCGAUGAAUGCCGUGCAGUUCGACACUCUCUCGGAGCACUUGGUGGCGAUGGACGCGCGCAUCACGGCGGUGGCGGCGCGGGCGUACAACUUGCCUCUGUCCCACGAAUGGUGUCUGGACUCGGAGUUUCAGCCAGUGCCCAAGGCCAUCCCCGGUCACCCUGCCCGCUACAGCCCCCCCGAGGGCUUGGACGAGAAGACUGUGUUCGACGUGGGCGAUGUGCCGCCCCCUCCAGUCCACGACCUGAUUGCGACGGUGCGCAGUGUCGACGGCAUCAACCACCACGACCAGCUGGAUGCGAUUCACUGGUUUUACAACGAUCCCCGUCUCGCCCACCAUUCCGGCAGCACAAUCAGCCAGCGACGCAUUGCGCUGCGAUCGUUUCUCUGCCGUUGA